AUGCAUUUCUCACCAGCACUCAUGCUCGCCCUUGCGGCUGCUGUUUCUGCUCAUGGUGUAGUCACCGAGGUUAAGGGCGCCAAUGGUGUCACUAUGCCAGGCUUGACCAUCCAAGACGGCACCCCUCGCGACUGCUCUAGCAACGGCUGCGGUUCUCAAGCCGAUACUGCCAUCAUCAGGGACAGGGAAAUUGCGAGCGGCAAGGCAGGUCCUCUUGGUCGUACACAGGGUAACGGCAUAGUCGAUGCUGCCGUUAUGGUUGGUGCUUUCAUGGGACAGGGUGCUGCACCCCCUGCGAACAACGGUGCCUCUGGAAGUGUUGGUGUCGAGGACAACAUUCAGCAGCCCGGCCAGAAGCGUCAGUUCCUCGGUGGUCUUCUUGGUGGAGGCGCUGGCGGUGCUGGUGGCGGUGCUGGUGGCGGUGCUGGUGCCACUGGUAUCGCUGGACUGCUUGGCGGGGGUGGUGACAAGGUCAACGGCCCACCAGAGGCACGCGUAGCGGCCGCAGUAGGACAGGGGGCAUCGGGCGGUCUACCCACAUGUGCUGAUGACGGCACCGUCACGAUGACCCUUCGACAGAUCAACCAGGAUGGUGCUGGGCCAUUCACUGCCGAUGUCGACGGUACCUCAGGAGGUACUGACGAGGCCGCUAUGCAGCCUGCUACCGUUACUCAGGACGUUCCUGGCCUCGGUGUUCAAGGUAUCUCUCUCGCCACCAACACCGAGUUCGCGAUGAAGGUGCAGAUGCCGGCAGGCAUGACAUGCGACGCGACUGUCGCUGGUGUCAACAAUGUUUGUGUCAUGCGCGUUCGCAACGGUGCUGCUGCCGGACCCUUUGGUGGAUCUGUUGCUUUCACACAGGGUGCCGCUGCCAGGAAGAGGGCCAUCGCCUACAGGCUCAAGAAGCGCAUGGAGAUUGGUGGCAGGAACUAA